CUUGAGCUCAAGACUUUUAUAUUAUGUCAGACAUAUCGACGAAAGACAGCACUACUCGUGCAUUUUCUCUCUAGCUCUCAGGCCACGUUGACAUUGUGACCGAUCUGGUUGCGUGAAGUAAGUUUCCAGUCGGGAACAACACCAACUUCGUUUUUGUGAUAAUUGUGUUUUGUGAUACGAAAAAGAAUUUUUCCCCUGUAUCCUAAGGCAAAUUUCUGAUGGCCCUGGCCUGUUGGAUAAGUGCUGGUCGGCUGGUGCAGUCUUUCAGGCUUAGAGGUGGUGUGAGUGAUCAAUGCUUUGUAUGGACUCUUUCUGCACGCCGCGCACAACCAGUGAGAUCGCUGGCCACACUUGCCAGUGACACAGCCGCACCACCCACAGGUAGCUCAGCACAGGAUGUAAUCGACUCCCAGCCUACGAGUGCACCACAAAAUGAUAGCUCAGCACAGACGCCGCCGUCUGACGGACUGACAAGGAGAAAGAAAAAGGGAGGCGUGAAAAAGGUUUCCGCAGAUCAGGGUAGAAUCACGGCUGUGCACGUACCAACUGAAAAGGCAGAUGCACCAACACCUGAUGCUAGUGAAGACCAUCAGAAUGUUAGCUCGAUGGCGCAGCCAAGUGCUCCACUGCGUUCAGAAGAGCUUCAAGUCACUGCUCCGCCCGCCGCAAUGCAGGCAGUCAAGUUGCCAGCUCCACCUUCGUGGCAGUCAUCCACGUUAGAUGAUCUGCUACCUCAGUACUCUAAACAGCAGCAGCAGCACCAACCACAGCAGCAACAGCAGCAGCAGCAGCACAACCAGCAACAGCCACAUCGGCAGCACCAACAGCAGCCACAGCAGCAGCAGCAGCCACAUCAGCAGCUACAGCAACAGUGGCAGCAUCAGCAGCCACAGCAGCAGCAGCAGCAGCAGCAGCACAACCAGCCACAGCAAUUGCAUCAGCAACAGCCACAUCAGCAGUGGCAGCAUCAGCAGCCACAGCAGCAACAGCAGCACAACCAGCCACAGCAAUUGCAUCAGCAACAGCCACAUCAGCAGCACCAGCAGCAGCACCGCCAGCCACAGCAACAGUGGCAGCAGCAGCAGCCACAGCAGCACCAGCAGCAGCAUUUGCAUCAGCAGCAGCACCACCAGCCACAGCAACAGUGGCAGCAAUGGCAGCAGCAGCAGCCACAGCAGCAAUGGCAGGAGCAGCCACCUGCAUAUCCCCCAUAUCGUCCUCAUUGAUUACCAGCAAGGAACAAGCCUACUCCAAACUCAUGGACCAUCAUUGCACAGACACCAGCCCUGUUUCCUCAAAGACGAAGAGCAGAUGGUGUAUGAGUGAGAGGCAAAUCCUCUGAGCUCUGUGCUAGCUGCCUGAGACUGUUAGUCAGCAUGUUCGGGCCAUGGAUUGUGCGUGUGUGUGCAUGUGUGUGUGUGCAUGUGUGUGUACGUCAUACACACACGCACGCACACACACACACACACACACACACACACACACCCAUGUGCAGCUGCACCAGUCAGCGUGCACGCGCGAGCAUUCAGCACACUCCAUCCUACGGCGUCUGGGCACAUGACUGCAAUUAUUUCACUGUGCUGGUGAUCAAGUCCCCGAGUAUAGUAGUUCAGACUGACUGCACGUGCGAGACACUUACCCGGCAUGGUGUGCACUGAGCUCGCGGCGGUGUGACCUGUCCGCAAGCCUGGAAAUGGCCAACGCUGAGCCGCAUACCAUACCCUCGCUGAUCUGUACCGGUGCUUGCUCGCGGCUCCUGUGGUCCGGACUUUCUUCUGUGUCAGCUUGAAGAUCUUGCUACGUGUGUAUUCUUUUGGAUAGUCUUUGCUAAAAAGCUUUUUUCUAUUUUUUUGAGCGAGCUUGACGUUCUUGAGCUGCAGAUCAGCGGGCUCUAGUCACUCAGUGUGCUUUGAACUUGUUUCCCCGGGUAAGGUCUCGUGGUAUACUCCAAGUAUUCAUAUUUCAACGGUUGCUUUUGCUGUACGUGCGUUUUCCUGGACGCGUACUGAACCCUGCUUUUUCGUCCUUCAGUGUGAAAAAACUUGCCAAAAAGAGACUUUCAAAAGUG